CAUAGCCACAUAAACAUCACUUCCAAGAUGGCAAGUUUGAAUCAACAGCUGCAAGAUUAUCUCAAAUCUCAGUCUUCUGAUUCCGUCAGCAGAUCUAAUGGCGAAGGAGGGGGAGGCUAUAUGUCAUGGUUCAAAGGAAGCUCAGAUCCCUCUACAGAUGGAGAUAUAACAAUUGACGAGUCGGCUAAUGGCUGGUUUGGAGAGGCGCAAAAAGACCCACUGCUGCCUAGUUUAAGCAAGAAGCAGAGAAUAUUUGGCUUUGUGGGCUGUGUCUUAAUGGGUAUUUUUUGUUUUACUAUGGCAAGUUUGUAUCUCCCUUUCCUUAUUCUCAAAGCAAGAAAAUUUGCUCUCAUGUACUCCUUGGGAAGUUUGUUCUUUGUAUUCAGUUUUUCUUUCCUAUGGGGGCCAACAAAUCAUGUGAAGCAUUUAUUCUCUGGCCAGCGGAUAUUAUUUAGUACAGCGUACUUUGGAUCUUUGUUUGCAACAUUAUAUUGUGCAUUAGUGAUGAGGAGUACAUUGUUUACAAUUUGUGCAGCUAUAUUCCAGAUAGGAGCUUUAGUAUGGUACAUAGUAAGCUAUAUCCCAGGAGGACAGACAGGGCUCAAGUUUUUCACCAAAAUAUUUUAUUCAGCUUGCUCAAAGACCGUGCAAAAGACACUCCCUGUGUGAAAAUGUGCAAAUUAGCAGACUUUGUUGGACUCUAAAAUUAGGAUAUAUUUAUUCUGAAUCAAUAUUUGUGGGGAAUGUGUAGGUUUAUUUUUGUAUAAAAUAAAAUGUAUAUUUGACAUCUU